AUGCCUCUCCCGAAGUGGUCGCAGUCCUCCCGGGUUGAUGAGUCCCGCAUCAGCUUUCUCGACCUGGCUCUCGAGCUUCGCGAGCAAAUCUACGAAGCGAUCGUCGUGGUUCCUGAAAUUCGGCCGCUGACGGACGGAACGCCCUUAGAACACAAACCAAACCUUAACGUCCUCGCGGUAUGCCGUCAGACGCGCGCUGAAGCCAGCAAGGUGUUUGUCACCCGGAACACUUUCACUACGUGCCGUGUGCUCCAGGGCUCCGAGUACACCCUGGAUAGGUUGGAUGUCGCCGUUCUCCAAAACAUGGAGAGCGUUGUCAAAGCCGUUCAUGCGCCUUGGGUGGACACUGUCACAAUUCUGAAGCUUUCCAUGUCCUGCGCAUCUGCGAGUACCUCGGGGCUUCUCAAAUUCCUGCAGCCGAAGCUUGCUCGCCCCUGGAUUGGAGAUUUCGGCAAUUUCAUCCAAGAGACCUUCCCAGCAAUGAAACAGGUCAUGUUCGUCGUGAACCACCCUGGCCUACGCUGGUUCUACGCUCUUGCCGCGAAAGAAAACGGUGGAGAUCCCUACGCCGAACUAUCUUCGGACGAAUACUCUGACAACUCAAACGAGGACUUAUAUGGCGACCCACAUUGGCCUAAGUUUAGCCCCCAAUAUAGCGACUCUGCAAGCUCCAGCUCGGACGAUACAGAAGACUUAAACAACUUCAUGGUGGGCAUGGGUCUCUCUCUGUUCGGUGAUGCGGAUGCGCCAUCUGACCUUUCGGAAUCAGAGGCUGAUGAGGAGGAUUCAGGGAUGGAUUCAAAGGUUCCAAAACCUGGCCUAGGCAACGUGGUCGACGCGACAACGAUGACAGGAAACUGGGACAACUCGAAGUCGGGCUUGCGCGAGGACGCAUGGAAGUCAGAACAUUCUAGCUCUAGUUCUAGCUCAAGAUCCAGCUCAAGUUCUAGCUCAAGUUCUAGCUCAGGCUCAGAUCCGAGCUCAGACGCAGGCGAAAACUCACAACCAGGAGCGAACUUGAUGUCCGCCUUACGCAAGCGUAAAUGGGAAUCGGAUCACUCGAGCUCGAGCUCUAGCUCAGACCUAGAUUCAAGACACUUGGAACCAGCUUCAACCCACUCCCACGAUCACCAAGUCAUGAAUGCCCUCGGAUUCAACCUCAACGGUCUCGAGCCAGAGGAAGAUGACCACAACUCGGAUUCGGACGACUCAGAGAUUUCUUUCCUAUACGGAGACGACGAUUUUGACAGACACGUCGACGAACCUAGAGAGCUUGAGGACGAAACGAAGGCCGCAAUUCACUACGAGAUCAUCAAAUACUGGAAAGAAGAACUGGGCUUCUAUCUAGGCAUCCCAACAUGGGCAGGUUUCGAGAUUCUGCCAGGCCGUAUCAACGAAGGUCGGUUGAUGGCCCCCCACAUUGUGGUGGAUAUGGCGGACAUUUGGCAGGAGUUGAAGGCGGAGCGAGACGCUGUAGAUGAACUGCGCCUGGGUCAGAAAGUCUCCGACCUGCGAAUUACUUGA